CCGACAGCACAACCCAAACAGUGUUUCAUGUUUGUCAUCAGUCGCAGGGAUUUUUUUCUUUAUGACACGUGGAGCAAAAAGACGAACGAGGUUUAUCAGGACUUAAUUGUAUUUUACUUACUAUUUUGCCGUCGACAAUACCUUUUUUACAAUCUGAAACAUCUGAAGUGCGAGUCAAUUACUUUAAAAAUCAGCAUUUAGAGCUCACGUAGGAUAAAACAGUCCAUGCACAAUGGCUGGCAUUUGCCGGAUACGCCUGCUGUUCCUGUGUCUCUUCUGCCAUCAUGAGAUGCAUCCUGGUGCGUGCACGCCGUUAUGGAUGUCUCCAAAGUUCCCCUGUGACGUAUCAGCCAGCAACACCUCCGAGGUGACGUUUAACUGCCGGGGCCGUCAUCUGGAUCGCGUGCCCUAUGGGAUCACGAGUAACGCCACCCAUCUGGACUUGUCCGAAAACUUCAUCAGGCACGUUAAAGCCGAGGCGUUUUCCAAGCUGUUGCAUCUGACCCGGCUCGACCUGAGCUGGAUGAACAAGAACCACAGGACGACUGUUGAUGACGACGCUUUCAAGAAUCUCACAAAACUGCGCGAGCUGAUGCUGACCGGCAAUCAUCUGAGACAAAUUCCACCUCACCUCCCCGUCAGUUUGGAGAUCCUGGCGCUGCAAGUCAACAACAUCACCUACAUGAACAACAAGACAUUUGCCGGCUUGACAAACCUGACGGAACUGUGGUUGUCCAAGAACUGCUACAUGUGGAAUCCGUGCAGGGCAUCCGUCACCAUUGUGGACGGCAGUUUUGCCGGCAUGGCCAAACUUGAGAAACUGGACUUGGCUUUUAAUAACUUAAGCCGAGUCCCCAGAGGACUGCCCCAUUCGUUAAACAUGCUUAAUCUCAGCUCUAAUAAAAUAGAGCGCAUAUUUAAGGAUGACCUCCGUGGGUUGUAUGACUUACAAUUCCUGGAACUGCAGGGGAACUGCCCGAGGUGUCACAACGCUCCCUACCCCUGCGUACCUUGCCGUAACCUUUCUCUCGAAAUUGACCCCGGGGCGUUUAAUGAUCUGACACAGCUUGAGCAACUGAACCUGGGAGGAAACUCGCUGAAACAUCUCAAUCCAUCUUGGUUUGAGAAGCUUAGCAAUCUCAAAGAGCUGUUCCUGUCAUUUAACUUUUUAAUGACAGAAAUUAUUGACGAGGCUACAUUUCUGAGGCACCUUCCCAGCCUUGAAAAAAUCGACCUGUCUUUCAACUAUGCGUUGAAGAUGUAUCCACAGACGUUAAAUCUUUCAAAAGAGUUUUCCAAUCUGGUUUCUUUGAGAACUUUACAUAUGGGGGGUUUGGUCUUCCAGAAUAUCGGCCCGGGGACGCUUGAGCCUUUGUAUCAGCUUAAGAAUCUGUCCGCGCUGAAUUUGGGGACUAACUUCAUCAUCCACUUGGAUCCGUCCAUUUUUGGCAAAUUCAAUCACUUGAAAAUGAUUUAUCUCGCAGAGAACAGGCUGUAUCCCAUCACUGUGAACCCGAUGCCCCCAAAUCCAAUGCUGGGAUCCAGUGGGAGUUCAGGCCUUUCCAUUUCACCGUUCACACAACCCCACUCAAAGGACUUUACUUAUGAGAUUUCGCACAGCCUCAUAAAGGACGAGUGCUUCAACUCGGGACGCGUACUCAUCCUCAGUUCAAACAACCUGUUCUUCAUUUCUCCCAAGCAGUUCGAGGGCUACGGAGAUAUUGCAUGUCUCAACCUUUCAGGGAACGGAUUUUCGUCGGCGCUUAACGGCACCGAGUUCUCCUCGCUGCCUAAUCUGACAUAUUUGGACCUGUCGUUCAACAAGAUCGAUCUGGCCUAUGACAAUGCCUUUAAAGAGCUGCAGAAAUUACAAGUACUAGACCUCAGUCACAACCCGCACUACUUUCAAGCAUUUGGGAUAACGCAUAAUUUGAAUUUUAUACAAAAACUGCCUGUUCUGAGGGUGCUGAAUAUGAGCCACAACUCCAUUACCACACUGACGACAAAACAGCUGUGCAGCCGAUCCUUAGCAGAACUUCAGUUCACGUAUAACUCCCUCGGAGUCCUUUGGAAAGUAAAUGAUGGCUCGUAUGACACACUUUUCACUAACCUCACCAAUUUGACGAUUUUAGACAUAUCUAACAACAACAUGGCAAAGAUCCCCGACAAGGUUUACGAAUAUCUGCCUCGUAACCUCACAAAACUGCGCCUCAGUCACAACUCCCUGACGGACUUUUUAUGGGACAAGCUGAAGUUUUUCCAUCAACUUGAAAUUUUAGAUCUGAGCUUCAAUUCCUUGUCCCAUGUGACGAGGAUUAACUCGAGCAUCACCCAGUCUCUGACGUAUCUCGAUCUGAGUCGCAACCAAAUUUCCCAGCUGGAAAGUGGAUUUUUAAAGAGUCCAAAGAACCUUAGGACCCUUAGUCUAAGUUACAACAAACUGACCAUCAUCAAUCAGUCCACCUUCGAGCAGGAACCAGGGAAUCCGAUUUUGACUUUGCACUUGGAGAAAAACCCCUUCCAGUGCACUUGUGACUCACUAGACUUCAUCGUGUGGCUCGGGAAGAGUCACAUGAGGAUUGCCAGGUUGACCACUGCAGUGACGUGCGCCACACCAGAAAACAAGAGGGGUAAAGCCCUGAUAUACUUUGACAUUAAUCAGUGCGUAAAUGACGAUCAGGCGUUCCAGAUGUACAUCCUCACAACGUCCUUCAUUACCGGUUUUAUGUUUGUGGCAACAGUUGCUCAUCUUUUCUACUGGGAUGCCUCCUACGUCAUUCACUACUUGAAAGCGAGGUUAAAGGGGUACAGAUCCUUGAACUGGACGGACAGCGCGUACGAUGUCUUUGUGACUUAUGACACCAAAGAUCCUCACGUGUCUGAGUGGGUCAUGAGGACUCUGCGGGUGAAACUGGAAGAGGAAGGGGAGAAGUGUCUUCCUCUGUGUCUGGAGGAGAGGGACUGGCCCCCAGGGGUCCCGCUGGUGGACAACCUCACGCAGAGCAUCCAGUACAGCCGCAAGACCCUGUUUGUCUUGACGGAGGGUUACGUCAAGACCGGGGUCUUCAAGCUGGCGAUGUAUCUGGCCCACCAGAGGCUGCUGGACGAGAACGUGGAUGUGAUCGUGCUGCUGAUGCUGGAGCCUGUCCUGCAGCAGUCUCACUUCCUCCGCCUGAGGAGGAGGCUGUGUGAGAAGAGCGUCCUCGAGUGGGCGCGGACGGCCGCUGCAGAGCCCUGGUUUUGGCAGAACUUGAGGAAUGUUAUAAGAGUAGAUAAUCAGGUGAUGUACAACAAGACUUAUUCAAGGUAUUUCACCAGCAAAUGAGGCGGGAUAACGUUUGAUCACCGACAAGUCCGUGCUGGAAACCAUCCAGGCGUGUGUCGCUACGGCAGGAGGCUGGAGUGCUGCUAUGGAUGGAAAAAGAACAAUAAAGGCCAGUGCGAGGCUGAGUGCGAGCACGGCUGCAAACACGGAGAGUGUGUUGGCCCCAACAAAUGCAAGUGUUUCCCAGGAUACACCGGAAAGACGUGUAAUCAAGAUCUAAACGAGUGUGGCCUGAAGCCCCGGCCCUGUGAGCAUCGCUGCAUGAACACCCACGGCAGUUACAAGUGCUACUGCCUCAACGGAUACACCCUGAUGUCUGAUGGAUCCUGCACCAAUUCGAGGACAUGCUCCCUUGCUCACUGUCAGUAUGGCUGUGAGGAGGUGGAGGGGGAGAUCCGCUGCCUCUGCCCGUCUGCAGGCCUGCAGCUGGGCCAAGAUGAGAGAACAUGUGUAGAUAUUGACGAGUGCUUAACUGGGAAGAACCUCUGUCCCUACAACAGACAAUGUGUCAACACCUUUGGCAGCUACUACUGCAAGUGCCAGGAUGGCUACGACUUGAAGUAUGUCAACGGAAAAUAUGAUUGUGUAGACCUGGAUGAGUGUGCAUCCGGCACACACAAGUGCAGCCACCAUGCUCUGUGUGUGAACUCUCAGGGAUCCUACAAGUGCAGGUGCAAACCUGGCUUCAGAGGCAGUGGCUUCGAAUGCUCCGCCAUCCCGGACUCCCCGGCGAGGCCCGUGGUCCUGGGAAGUGAGCUGAGCAACGAGGACAUCGGGAACAUCAUCCCCGAGUCGGCCGCCACGCCACCUCCUCGGAGCCGCCAGCAACCCUUCGACUACGACGGAGAGGUCUUCGUCGGCACCCCGACGGAGGGGAAGAUAGAGGGGAUUCCAGAGGAAGGAGAGGAGGAGGAAGAGGAAGACAACCAGCUCAAUCCAAGAGGAGAUGUUUUCGUAUCCGAGGACUUUGAGUCGGUGUUUGGCCCAGCCACAGAAAUCAAAGAAAUCCAGAUUACACCACCCCAGGAAGAAUAUUUCAUGGACUGCAACUUUGAUCAGGGAGCGUGUGAAUGGGUCCAAGACAAGGCUGACGACAUGGACUGGAUUGUGGCCUACCAUGAUAACGGUGAUGAGUACUACAUGGCUGUGAGCGGGCUCCAAGGGGAGCAAGAGGAUGUAGCCAAGCUGAAGCUGCUGCUCAGCGAUCGGACCCAGCAGGGCAGCUUUUGCCUCACCUUUGACUACCGUGUGGUGGGACGCCAUGUGGGCGCACUCAGGGUGCUGCUGGAUAACACUGCUUACCCUGUUUGGGAGCAGAGCCAAAGCAAAGGUCGGGUUUGGCAGACAGAGCUCCUCACGGUAGCCUGGACCGAGGAAGCCCCAGAGUCCAUCAUCUUUGAAGCUCAGCGUGGGAAGGGUGUCGGAGGGGAAAUUGGGCUGGACAAUGUUGUACUGACCUCAGGGCCCUGUGAAGAAGAUGCCGGUCCAAUUUUCUGAGAAUAUCCACCUCAAACCAACAUUUCUCUGUCCAUAUCAUUGUAUCUUCCAUGAAUAAUUUCUCAGUGUUCUCAAACUUCACAGCAGAAUGAAGAAUAUGUACAAUUAGUGCAUGCAAGUUUUAACUCCAUGCUGCUACAUCAAUCCAUUUUUUUUGUUUUGAUUUUUUGAAAUAGUCUUAUUGGAUACACACAACUCAGUUCUCAGGUACAGGUGGAAGAGUAACUAUGUAAGCCAGUGUAACAGUAUUGUGUUUAGACCGUGUUUUGCAUGUGACAAUGCAUUACUGAAGUAAACUAAGGACAAAUAUCUAUGAUACAUAAUGUGAAUUCUUAGAUGUAUUAAAUCUAAAAUCUUAGAUGAGUAACGAUUUUGUUCCACAGUAUCUCAGUGCAUAAAUGUGGCAAAAUUUUCAUUGAAAUGAAACUGUAUUAUUACAUUAAACAUUUUUUUCUAG